CAACAACACAGAUUUUCUGCCUUAGCGGACUGCGAUGCUCAGUCGCGAUCGGCGGCUGUCUGAGACCUUGCAUUAUCUCUGUGUUCCUGUGAAGCUCACCUGGAUCACUAUUAUUCGUGAGGUUUGGGACAUUUCAUAGGCUGCGACUCUUGGGUCUUGUCCGGCGUUCUUUCUGUUCUUCAUACGGUGCCUACGCUCUACCGAGCAUACCAUCAUACUCUCCGCGGAUAUGCAUGUCUCACAGAUGCAGCUCGAGCAGCACGAGUCAGUCGGCCAAAAUAUGGAGGCUGGUUUCACUUAGCCGCGCCUACUUAAGCACCGCUCCGCGUUCUGGAUCCCCCUCCCCGCGUUGUCUCUUGACAUCCAUAUUCACGACCUCUCACGAGUUCACGAGCACUGCAUUUUGCUUCCAUCUGCUUUGUUGAUUUGACCGGUGUUUACGAACGAGCUUUGAUAGAGAAAGCUCCUACGAAUUGUUAACGAAGAUGACGAGCCAAAAGAACUCCCUCCUCCUCCAUAUCCUCCUCCUCUCCCUCUCCGCACCGAUCUCAGCCUCUCCAGUCAAGCGUGGUAUCGGCGAUGCGCUCAAUGCCGCUGUCGGCGGUGGAUCUCAGUCGAGUAGCGCGGUGCCCGCUGCUGUCGCAGCCAGUCCGUCGUCGUCGUCCUCGGCUUGUCCCAACGGCAACUGUGUGUCGGGUAACGGUGUCGCCAACGCCGCGGGUCUCAGCGGGGCUGCUCCAGCGCUUUCCUCUGUGUUGUUUGCGUCUUCGUCAGCAUCUCCUGCCGCUUUGUCUGCUCCGGUGGUGGUGGCUGCUGGGUCCUCGGUAGUCCGGUCGUCUUCAUCUGCCGCUGCUGCUGCUGUUGUCGCGUCCUCAUCUUCGGCCCCUGUCGCAUCUUCCUCCGCUUCCGCUUUUGCCCCUGUCUCAAGUGCUUCCGCGGUCGUUCAGUCUUCGUCUGCUGCUGCUGCUGCUGCUGCUGCGCUCGUUCCAUCGUCGUCUGUGGCCGUGCCUUCCUCGGCGACCUGCCCGAACGGCAACUGUGUCAGUGGUGGUGGCGUCGCCAAUGCCGUCGGUGGCGGUGGUGUCCUUUCAGCGAUUUCGAGCGCACUGUUCGCCUCUUCGACUUCGACUUCGGCAAUCCCGGUUCAGUCUUCCAGUGCUGUUGUUCAAUCCUCCUCUGCCGCCCCCGCCCCCGCCGUCGUUCAGUCGUCCUUGGUCGUCGCAGCUGCUCGGUCGUCGUCUGCUGCCGCUUCUUCUUCUUCGGGUUGCCCGAACGGUAACUGUGUGUCCGGCAACGGCGCUUUGGAUAGCUUCGGAGCGAAUGGAGUGGUGCCUGCCGUCUCGAGCCUCCUCUUUGCGUCGGUAUCCUCCUCUGCGCCGGCUGCGUCGUCCUCUGCGAUUGCGGUUGCGUCCUCGGCAUCAGCGGCCCCCAUUGUCUCCGCGUCAGCGGCUGUCUCGGCGUCAGUGGCUGUCUCCGCAUCGGCCUCCGUCCCGUCGAGCGGUAACGGACAAGGCAUCGUCGGCUUCGUGGCACAAAUCCAGAAUGUCGUCUCCUCUGUCCUGGCUGGUGCAAACCCUCUAGUGUCGAGUGCUGCUGCAUCUGUUCCAAGUGCCGUUUCGAGUGUCGUCGGCUCUGUCCCCAGUGCUGUUUCGGCUGUCGACUCGGCUGCGUCGAGCGUGCUUGCUGUGGUUCCCACUGCUGUUUCCGCUGCCAAUAUAGCCGUUUCCAGUGCCAUCAGUGUGUUUUCUGCAGCCAACCCCGCUGCGUCGAGCGUCAUUGUGGUUGUUCCCAGUGUCACAUCUGUCGUCAACCCUGCGCUUUCGAGUGUUGCCGCCGUGUUGCCCAGCGCCGUUUCCGAAGUUCCAGUGGUGAUUUCAGCGGUCCAGUCUGCGGUUUCCAGCAUCCUAGGCAACGUUCCGCCAGCUGCAUCCGGCGUCAUCUCCCAGGUCGAUCCCAUCGUCUCGAGCAUUGUCGCUGGUGUUCCCAGUGCGGCUUCCAAUGUUCCGGUUGUAGUGUCUGCUGUCGAGUCCGCCGUGUCGAGUCUCUUGGGCCAGGCUGUGUCCAGUGCUGCCUCGAGCGUGGUUGCACCUGUCCCUAGCGUUGUCUCCGCUGUCGAGUCAGCAGUUUCGAGCAUCCUCGCUGGCGCUACGACUGUUCCCUCUGCUGCGAUUUCUCAGGUGGACCCCAUCGUUUCCAGCAUCCUCGCGGCCGUUCCUAGCGCAGCUUCCAGUGUCACGGUGGCUAUCUCUGCUGUCGAAUCUGUGGUGUCAACCAUUCUAGGUGGUGCGCCGGGUGCCCCCUCUGCCGUCGUCUCUCAGGUCGAUCCAAUUGUUUCGAGCGCGGUGUCAGAUGUGCCGGCUGUCGUCUCUGCUGUAGAAUCUGCGGUCUCAAGUAUAUUGGGAGGAACAGCCCCUAGUGUCGCUGCAGGUGCCGUCACGCUCGCUCCUAGCGUCGCUGCUGCCAUCGAGUCUUCCGUUUCGAGCAUCCUGAACGGCGUCCCUCCAGCUGCAUCCGCCGUCGUCUCCCAGGCCGAUCCCAUCUUUUCUGGUGUCCUGGCUGCCGCCUCAAGCGCCGUCUCCGCUGCCGACCCCGCCGCUUCGAAUGCAGUCGGAUCUGUCGAGUCCCUCAUCUCCAGUAUUCUCGGUGGUGCUUCUUCGGCCGCCUCCAGUCUCGCUGGUGACACCAACAGUCUGCUGUCCAGUGCCCAGCCUGCUGCAUCCAGCCUUCUUUCCGCCGCCGACCCAGUCUCCUCGAGUGUCCUCGCCGACUCCUCCGUGGUUGCUAGCGACGUAGCAGCGGUUCUGUCGAGCAUCGUUGCUGUGCCCAGCGGUGCCGUGGAUCCCACCGUCGUUUCUGAUGUUCUGCCCGGCAAUGGUGCCAGCGCGUCGGCGACUGCGGCACCGCUGGCUCCGUCUGGUGGAGGGCUGGCUGCGUUCGUGGGCGGGAUCGUGUCUGCUGUGUCGUCGGUCGUCUCGGAUGUUGUGAACGGCGGUGCGCCGGCCAGCCUUGUCUCCGCCGUGGAGUCGGCGAUUCCGUCGGCUGUGUCCGCCGUCGACAGUGCUGCUGCCUCCGCUGCUUCGCUCCCCGCAGGCGUGAUCGCCAGUUUGACAAGCGAUGCGGCGUCUGUUGCUAGUGGUAGCGUCGUGCUUCCGUCGGGUCUGCCCUCGCUCUCAGGUAUCGUAGCGUCGGCGACGAGUGUUGUGGGUGGCGUUGUGGCGUCGGCAACGAGCGAAGCAGGUGUUAUUGCUUCGGGUGCUUCCAGUGUUCUCGGUGCUGUCUCGAGCGAUGCCGGAUCGAUCGCUUCGGUGGCCUCCAGUGCGGUUGGUGCGAUUUCCAGCGACGUCAGCGGAGUCUUGGCGUCAGUUUCCAGCGAUCUGGCCUCCGUCGUUUCUGCCGCCCCGAGUGAUGUCGCGUCUGUUCUGUCCAGCGCUGCGGGUUCGCUCCCCUCCGACGUCGCCUCCAUCUUAUCGGCCCUCCUUGACACUGCCGGAUCUUCACCUAGUGAUGCUGUGUCUGAUGUUGGUGCGAUUGCUGCGUCGGCCACGAGCGUUCUUGGUUCGGUGCCGAGCGACGUGGUUUCCGUCGUUUCGGCCGCCCCGAGCGAUGUCGCCUCGGUCCUCUCUAGCGCAGCUGGAUCCCUCCCGUCGGACGUUGCGUCCAUCCUCUCUGCUUUGUCGAACGCUGCGGGAUCCUUGCCAAGCGAUGCCGUCUCGAUGAUCUCAGCUGCCCCCAGUGAUGUCGUCGCUUCGAUCGUAUCUGCUGUUCCAAGCGAUGCCGCCUCUGCUCUGUCGAGCGCUGCAGGAUCUCUGCCGUCGGACGUGGCUUCGAUUCUUUCGGCCUUGUCGAGUGCAGCGGGUUCGGCACCCAGCGAAGUGGCGUCGAUCGUCUCUGCUGUGCCCAGCGACGCCGCCUCGGUUCUGUCGGCCCUCUCGACCGGCGCGGGAUCAUUGCCUAGUGACGUCGCUGCAUCGGAUGUCAGUGGGGUUGUCGCGUCGGCCACCAGCGCUCUCGGCUCCUUACCGAGUGAUGCCGCGUCUGUCAUCUCGGCCGCCCCUAGCGACGUUGCGUCGAUUGUUUCGAGUGCUGCUGGAUCGCUUCCGUCGGAUGUUGCGUCCAUCCUCUCUGCGUUGUCGAAUGCCGCGGGAUCAGUUCCUAGUGAUGUCGCCUCAGUGAUCACAGCUGUGCCCAGCGAUGUUGCCUCGAUCGCAUCCGCCGUUCCGAGUGACGCCGCCUCUAUCCUUUCGGCUGCCCCCAGUGACGUCGCAUCCAGUCUCUCUAGUGCUGCUGGAUCCCUUCCGUCGGACGUCGCUUCGAUACUUUCCGCGCUGUUCGGUGCAGUCGGCACAGUCCCUAGCGAUGCUGCGUCGGUUGUUUCCGCCGCCCCCAGCGAUGUCGCCUCGAUGUUGUCCAGUGCAGCUGGAAGCCUUCCUUCGGGUGCCGCCUCGAUCCUGUCGGCUCUGUCCAGCGCGGCUGGCUCGGUUCCAAGUGAUGCCGUGUCUGUCGUCUCGGCCGGGCCCAGCGAUGUUGUUUCGAUACUGUCCGCCGUGCCCAGUGAUGCCGCCUCGGUGUUGUCUAGUGCAGCUGGAUCACUUCCGUCGGACGUGGCCGCGAUCUUGUCUGCUGUAUCCAGCGCAGCCGACUCAGUUCCGAGUCCAGUUGCCUCAGUCGUUUCAAGUGAUGCCGCGUCCGUUCUGUCCAGUGCCGGUGGUUCUCUGCCGUCUGAUGUCGCGUCGAUUCUCUCUGCGGCAGCGUCGGUCCCGAGUGAUGCUGCAUCGGUCGUCUCUGCUGUUCCCAGCGACGUUGCCUCGGUGAUCUCCGCGGCCCCCAGCGAUGUGGCAUCUAUCCUCUCGAGUGCGGCAGGAUCCCUUCCUUCAGAUGUCGCGUCCAUCCUUGCGGCCCUUUCCAGCGCUGCGGGCUCGCUUCCGAGUGACGUUGCUUCUGUUGUGUCUGCAGCUCCCAGCUCGAUCGUUUCUGCGGUACCGAGCGACAUUGCGUCGAUUAUCUCCGCAGCGCCCAGCGAUGUGGCUUCGGUGUUGUCCAGCGCGGGAGAUGCGUUGCCGUCUGAUGUCGCGUCCAUCCUCUCUGCGUUGUCCAGCGCUGCUGGCGCUGUCUCUAGCGAUGUAGCUUCGGUUGUGUCCGCUGCUCCUAGUGAUAUCGCCUCGGCUAUCUCCGCUGCACCCAGCGACGUCGCCUCUGCUCUGUCCAGUGCGGUCGGAUCCGUCCCGAGCGGUGCGGAGUCUGUGCUCAGCGGCGUUGUCGCAUCCGCUACCAGCGACCUGGCUUCCCUCGUCUCUGCUGCCCCGAGUGUCGUCGUGUCGAGCGAUGUCGGUGCCCUCCCCAGCGACGUCGCCUCCGCUCUAUCAGCCUUGUCGAGUGCAGCUGGAUCUCUGCCCAGUGAUGUCCCUGUCGGUGCCGUCGCCUCGGAUGCAGGUUCUAUCGUGUCUGCUGCCGCGUCUGUUCUCUCGAGCGCUGCGGGUCCUUUGCCCAGCGAUGUCGCUUCGAUCUUGUCGGCCCUGUCCAGUGCCGCCGGAUCCCUCCCGAGUGAUGUCGCGUCUGUGAUCUCGGCCGCCCCCAGCGACGUGGCAUCCAGUGCUGCGGGGUCCCUCCCAUCGGACGUGGCUUCCGUCAUUGCAGCGCUUUCCAGCGAUGUGGCCUCUCCAGUGACUGCUCUCCCUAGCGAUGUGGCCUCCGUCAUUCCUGCCGCGCCCAGCGACGUCGCGUCGAUCCUCUCGAGCGCGGCGGGGUCUCUGCCCUCGGAUGUGGCGUCUAUCCUGUCUGCUCUAUCCAGUGCGGCCGGUUCGGUCCCCAGUGAUGUUGUUGCAUCCGCAGCCCCCAGCGAUGUUGCGUCGGUGUUGUCCACCGCCGUAGGAUCUCUGGCUUCUGAUGCCGCCUCCGUUCUGUCGGCCGUGUCUAGUGAUGCGGGAUCAUUGCCCAGUGAUGCGGUUUCGGUUGUUUCAGCAGAUGUGGCUUCUAUCACCACGGCUGCCCCGCUUGUUUCGAGUGCCGCCGGAACGCUUCCAUCGGACGUCGCGUCCAUCCUGUCGGCGCUCUCUAGCGCAGCUGGAGCGGCCGCCAGCGACGUUGUCUCUCCUGCCGUCCCCAGCGAUGCUGCCUCGGUCGUCAUCUCAGCCGCGCCCAGUGACGCUGCUUCGGUUCUGUCCAGCGCCGGGGGACCGCUUCCAUCAGACGUCGGCUCCAUUUUGUCUGCGCUUUCCAGCGCUGCGGGGUCUGUGCCCAGUGGUGUCGCCUCGGGUGCCAUCAGUGGCGUUCUCGCGUCGGCCACCAGUGUCGGCGGAUCUCUGCCCAGCGAUGUAGCAGCGUCAGUCACCUCGAGCGCCGUUGGGUCCCUCCCUUCCGAUGUCGCCUCGAUUCUGUCGGCGCUUUCUAGUGCGGCUGGAUCAGUCCCGAGCAAUGCGGCCUCUGUUGUCUCGGCUGCCCCCAGCGAUGUUGCGAGCGCAGCUGGAUCCCUCCCCUCCGACGCGUCCUCGAUUCUCUCCGCUUUGUCCAGUGAUGCUGCCUCGGUGGUUUCGGCCGCUCCGAGCGAUAUCGCGUCGAUCGUAUCAGGCGUCCCCACCAGCGAUGUCGCGUCUGUCAUCUCGGCUGCGCCGAGCGAUGCCGCUUCCGUAGUGUCCAGCGCCGCAGGCUCUCUUCCCUCUGACGUCGCCUCGGUCCUGUCGGCUCUGUCCAGCGCAGCUGGCUCGGUUCCGAGUGAUGUCGUGUCUAUCGUCUCGGCCGCAUCCAGCGAUGUCGUUUCGGUGUUGUCUGCCGCGCCUAGCGAUGCCGCCUCGAUGUUGUCUGGUGCAGCUGGAUCACUGCCUUCGGACGUGGCCUCGAUCUUGUCGGCUCUGUCCAGCGCGGCUGGCUCGGUGCCUAGUGAUGCCGCCUCGCUUGCGUCAGCUGUUCCCAGCGACGUCGCGUCCGUUCUGUCUAGUGCCGGUGGCUCUCUGCCCUCGGAUGUCGCGUCGAUUCUCUCUGCGGUAGCGUCGGUCCCGAGCGAUGUUGCAUCGGUCGCCUCUGCUGCGCCCAGCGACGUGGCUUCCGUUUUGUCAAGCGCUGGCGCAUCUGUUCCGUCUGACGUCGCCUCUAUCUUGUCGGCGCUUUUCAGUGCGGCAGGAUCGCUGCCCAGUGAUGUCGCAUCUGGCCUGAGCGGGGUGGUCUCGUCAGCCACGAGCGUCAUCGGUUCCUCGCCCAGUAAUGUUGCGUCUGUCGUGUCCGCCGCCGCCUCGAGUGGUGUUGCGUCGAUCGUUUCUAGCGCAGCUGGAUCUCUUCCGUCGGAUGUCGCCUCCAUCCUCUCGGCUCUGUCCAGCGCCGUGCCUUCAGUGGCCUCCGCCGUUCCCAGCGACGUCGUUUCGAGUGCUGCCGGGUCUCUUCCCUCUGAUGUGGCGUCCGUCCUUUCGGCGCUCUCGAGUGCAGCUGGUUCGGUCCCCAGCGAUGUCGUUUCGGCGAUCUCCGGCGCCUCCAGCGAUGCUGCGUCGAUUCUUUCGAGUGCCGGGGCUCCGCUUCCCUCUGAUGUCGCGUCGGUUCUCUCCGCGUUGUCGAGCGCCGCGGGUGGUACCGUGGCGUCAAUCACGAGCGAUCUUGGAUCCGUCGUCUCUGCCAUGCCAUCCUCUGCUUCGGCCCUCCCCCCGGAUGUCGCUUCGGUCCUUUCGGCCCUGUCGAGCGCGGCUGGUUCUGUGCCGAGCGGUGCCGAGUCUGUGUUGAGCGGGAUCGUCGCGUCUGCCACGAGUGGUCUAGGGUCUAUCGUUUCUGCAGUCCCGACGAGCGUCGCAUCGAUCUUGGCCAGUGCGACGAGCGACCUGGGAUCCAUCGCAUCGCCCCUUUCUAGUGGCCCUGCGUCGGCUCUCCCUUCAGACGUGGCAUCGCUUCUAUCCGCCUUGUCGAGUGUUGCUGCCGCAUCCGGCGUGCCCUCGGACAUCUCUUCGAUCGCCUCCGUCUUGCCUAGCGGUGCCCAAUCGGCCGUCGCAUCUUCUGUGCCCUCCGAUGUUGCUUCGAUUCUUUCUGCAUUGUCCAGCGCGGCUGGUGCCAUCCCCAGCGACGUGGCCUCAGCUGCCAGCUCGUUUGUCUCCGCCGCUCUGACCAGCAACGUGCAGUCGGUCGCGUCUGCUGUGCCAUCAGACGUUGCGUCCAUUCUUUCGGCGUUGUCGAGUGCCGUGGGCGCUGUGUCGAGUGGUGCUGCUGCGUCGGCUGUGCCGUCGGACGUUGCCUCGGCGCUUUCCCCUGCUGGAGCUGUGCCGAGUGGAGCAGAGUCUGUUCUGAGUGGAGUCGUCGCGUCUGCCACGAGUGUCAGCGCAGCUGUCCCGUCCAGGAUCCCGUUCGUCUUCACGCAACUGUCGAGCACUGCCGCGUCUCUUCUUCCCAGCCCAGCCCUCUCUAGCGCUGUCCAAUCUGCCGCUGCGCCGCUUCCCUCCGACGUCUCUGCGAUCUUGUCCGUGCUGUCGAGCGCCGCCGGGGGUCUGCCAAGCGCUUCCGCGUCGGCCCUGUCCAGUGCGCCCAGCUCGCCGCCCAGCGACGUCGCGUCGAUUUUGUCGGCGCUCUCCAGUGCGGCGGGAUCCUUGCCGAGUGAUGUCGCAUCAGUGAUUGCCAGUGACGCGAGUGGUAUUCUUGCUUCUGCGACUGCCGGAUCAGCAUCGGUGCUCUCCAGUGCUGCCGGUGCCUUGCCCAGUACCAGCAAUGCGCAGCCCGCCAUCUCGAGUGCCGCCGGUCCGGUCCCCAGUGACGGGGCUGGAUCCCUCCCAAGCGCUGUUGCGUCGAUUCUGUCUGCGAUGUCGAGUAUUCUCCCUGGCGGAGUUUCCACCAGCAGCAGCAGCGUCGUCGCUCCUGUCUCUAGUGCCGCUGGCUCGGCACCCAGCGGGGUGGGGUCGGUCCUUUCCGCGUUGUCGUCGAGUGCUCUUCCCAGCAGCCUGUCUGGAUCCGUUGCCUCGAGUGCGGCUGGCUCGCUCCCGUCUGAUGUCAUCUCCAUCCUUUCCGCGCUCUCGAGUGCGGCUGGAUUCGUCCCGGCGGCGACCAGUGUCCCCGCAUCCGCCGCCUCGUCUGCGCUUCCGUCAAUCGUGUCGAGUGCUGCUGGCUCCAUUCCCAGUAAUGUCGCGUCAAUUCUCUCUGCUCUUUCGAGUACUGCAGCUGGCGGAGUCCCAAGUGGUGUGAUUGCAUCCAACGGCCCCAGCGCAUCGGCGGCUCCGAGCAACGUCCAGUCCAUCGCCAGCGCAGCGAACAGCAACCUGGCAUCCGUCCUUUCAGCUCUGUCCAGCGCUGCCGGCGGGCUGCCCAACAACGUCGCGUCGGCCGUGUCAGCCGCCAACUCGGCCAACAGCGUCUUGAGUGGAGUGGCCGCCUCCGCCACGGUCGCACCUGGCAGCGCAGUCAGCAGUGUGCUCGCCAGUGCCAGUGCGGCAGCCGCUGUCCUCCCGAGCAAUAACGUCGCAUCGGCUGCGUCCGUCGUCGCCUCCGUGAACAGCGUCUUCAGUGCGGUUCUUGCGUCCCAGAGCAGUGUCAACGCCCCGGCCUCAGUUGCGAGUAACGCCGUCUCGGUCAGCAGCGGUUUGAGCGGAGUGCUUGCGUCGCAGACGCGCAUCGUCAGUCCCGCGAGCAGCAUGUUGAGUGGUGUCUUGGCGUCGGCUACAGGUGGACUGGCGGGAUCGGGAUCGCCGACGAGCGCCGUCGUCUCGGCUGCGUCCGUCGUGGCAUCUUCCAACAGUGUGUUGAGUGGUGUUCUUGCGUCGGCCGCAAGAUCUGGAGCCGCGAGCGCUUCCGCCGCUAACGUCGCUUCCGUCGUCAGCAGCAUCCUCUCCGCGGCCAAUGCCAACGUCGCAUCGACUCCUCUACCGUCCGUCGUGACGAGCAGCCCCGUCGCUGCCUCAGCAGCCGCGUCCCGAGCAUCGAGCGUGAUCCCCGUCUCGAGCGCAUCGUCCGCUGCGGCUGUGCUCGCGUCGCAGAUCACCCACAUCUUCGGCAGCAGCAACAGCAACAGCAACAGCAACCAGAAAGCCAAUGCGAUGGCCUCCGGCUCGCCAGCUGCCUUGCCUGCUGCGACGCAACUCAUCUACGGCGGGUCGGUCGUUGGGCCCUCUGCCUCGGCCGCGGCCGGUGCUUCGGUCUCCGGGGCGGCGUCUGCGUCUCAGUCUGCGGUUGGUGGUGUCUAUGGAGGCGGUGUCGGCGGCGUCGUGCCGGCGGUGGUCACCACGGCCGUCUAUGGCGGCUCGUCGAGUGCUGCUGCAUCGGGCGUGUACUCUAAUGCAAACGCUGCCGCAUCGGCAUCUGUCACCAUCGCAUCCAGCGCUGUCUCAUCCUCGCCUGCGUCGGCGUCCGCCAGCCCGACGAGCUCAGCCGCCGCCAGCGCCACGGGCGCUCUCGACGACGCGCUGAUCGCCGCCAACAAGGCCGGCAGCGACCUGAUCGGCUCGCUCACGGCGCUGAUCGACGUGCUGCAUGUCUUUGCCCCGGGUCCGCUGGUGCUAAGCGAUACAGUGGCCAACACGAUCAACACAGCCGUGACGGACGUCGUGCUGUUCGCGAACGAGCUCGACCUCGUCGCGAUCUACAUCCAGGCGUACAAGGACAUACUCGGCUCCGCGCCCGACGCGCCGCGCGCGCUCGUGCUCUUCGCCACGAUCAACACCGUCGCGCGCCAGGUGGCGCUGCUGGGCUCGCAGGUGAACGUCGACGACAUGGAGGAGCAGAUCCGCCCGAGCGUGCUCACGCUGCUCGAGAGCGUCCGGCAGCUGCACCUCCUGUGGCCGCAGACAUCGGCUACCGCGUGGGCGCACUUCCAGGCUGCCGUCCAGAGCUUGUGAGGAUCUUGGCUGGUGGACUUGGAUCGUAGCAGUGUCAUGUAUGUAGUAGCAUCGUCCAUUUGUAUACUAGAUCCUCGCAAUGUAUGUGUUGAUAUCAAAUACACGUUUUAUUCUGCUCCAGAUUUGCGAACUGAGUAUUAGUGGUCAGAGUUUGGUUCGGUUCGGGGCUAAGCCCGAACCUGAACCACGGUUCAGGUUCAGACGGUUUGGUUCACGUAAGACGGAUGUGACCUAUCCAUUUCGCGCUCUCAAUCUCACGGCCGGCCAAGCGACUGACAUUCCUCAACACUGGAGUGGACGACCCAAGUGUUGAUCCUAUCUGCAGGUGGCCUCGAUACUCGGAAGGAACAUAGCUCAAACUAUCAUAAAGAGUGGAUGCAGGACUCAUGGGUCACCAUGAUGUCUGUCUGUGGAGGCAACGCGGCAAGCAAUGCAUUGGCUCCCGGUCAUCAGCCUACAGUCCGUACGUUCUGGAACGUGGAGCCUCUACAAGUCUCGACAGACAUCGUCGGUACUCAGACCUGAUAGCGCGGGUGGCGCUCGUGUUCUGGGCUUCCCUCAGUGAUGACUCUCUGGCGUCUUCGAGCUAGGAUUGGGCCGGAUAGACUGGCUAGAUCUAUCCCCGACUGGACCGCUGGGUCACCAAGUUAAUACAAGCUAUGCUGGCCAAUGGCAAACAGGUUUCGGGCUCGUCGAUGAAACCUCGGUUAUGUCGUCUUUGGAAGCAUCAUAUACAUUUUUGCUGAGUGCUUGGGUCGUGAAAGUCAUAACGCGACAGGAAACGAGUCUUGAUUCUGACUGGCCCGAGUCGCUGAGUAUGGAGUUCCAGACCGCAAUCCGAUUGGUCCAUCCAAUCUCUUUCAUACGAUGCUCACCUUCAUUGGCCGCCGGCCAUUGGCUGUCCAGGUCCAAGCCCGCUGCGCCUAGAAUCUCCGUGGCUUUUGAACCCCCAGAGAAAUAAAAACAUCGCUUCAAUCGUCCAUUGCUUCUCAGAUUCCCCUCCUUGACCAUGUCCACCCCUGACACACCAACGCCCAUCUGCCCCUGCGGAUUGUGGAAGGACCGCGAGACUUCUGAACUCCGAGAGGACUUGAAUCUGAACGACCAUCCGCCCGCUAAGCGCCAGCGACUUAAUAGCGCCAGCGAUGACGUAGGGUACUGUAUUAUCGAGUGCACCCCCGAGCCCUCGAAUCACUCGUACGACGAAGACGAGGACACGGACUCAUCCAACGCUGUUGCAAAACCUGAAACCCUCACUAUCUGGGAUCGGCUCAAGAAAUCGUUUGCUACCGCCAUCGAGCGGUACGAGUGUGUGUUUGACAUUCCCUGGCUCCUUGAACCGCAUUGUUGAGCUCCUGCAGCCGACAGUGUCGAUGAAACGCUUUCGUUGCUACGUGGUGUGCUAGACGAGUGCCAUCGAUUUCUGGAUUUAUACAAAGAUCCCUUGCUCGUCAUCGCAGCACCUGGCUCCCGCACUCCCGAAUAUCUAUCCAGCUCACCUGUGAACUUGACCCCAGAAAGAUGCGAGUCCCGCGAGUCUCCGACGGCGUUCCCCGCGCUGCUUGGCACAGCACUAUUUAUCAUGGGGAACCUCGUAGCUCAGGACGCGUCGAUCGUCCUGCCCAAAGAGCCCGCGGACGCGACAGCGUACUGGCUUGCGGCGUUGGAUGUUUUUGAGAUGGGUGAAAGCCUUUCAAGCCGAGCGAGCGG